CAGUGUGGUUGGUUGCUCCCCUCGCCCCUUGGCUUGCAUGUUGUCGACGACGGCUUUCUUCUCAUGGGGAACCUGGCUGCGGCGAGUUUUGAGCUGUAGAUAUGCACCGAGUGCCAAGCUUCAGCAGUACCUAGCUUCUAAGUAAUAGUGUCGCAGGGUAGAUACUGUGAGUUACGCUGACUAGAGGAAAAGGAGACAAUCACAUUGGACAAGUUUACCAGGACAGGUGACACAAUGUCGUUUUCAACAUUUCUCGUGGCAUUCUGAGGAUGGGAAAGCGGCUUAUGAAAAGCGAAAAUCCGGCUACACCGGCGAAUAGUCAACCUCGCUCGCCAUCAAUCAGGAGUAUACAAGGCCGACCACGGAAAUCACCGUCCGUGUCAUCCGCGAAGAAGUUUGUCAGUCAAAGGCGAUCAUUUGCAGACGCUCGCAAAGCACAGGCGGUGCGUAAUUACCACAAGAUGAUGAGACAAAAAGAGAAGGCGGCUGGGGUGAAGGCAUGCUCCAGUGCUUCAGACAGUGCGUUUUUCUCUUCGAUUCCUGACAGCAGUGAUCAAAGCCAGCACAGGUCAGCUGCUUCAUCACCUGUCCCCUCCCAACGAGCACUGUGGGCAAAGCAGCGCUCUGUAACCAUGCAGCACUUCGAUGUUCCCGCAGAGACGGAACCAGCUAUUAAAAGUCACUUUGGAUCGCGUCGCAAAGCAAAAUUUCACUCGGCAUCCUCGGUAGAUCAGGGUUGGAAAGGCACCAUCGAGCCGGACUUUUGUAUGGCCGAUUCGUCGUAUGAUCCCGAAUCUGACACAGCGGCUGAGCCUGCAAGUGUCCUCCGAAAAGGGCCAGCAGUGGGCAGUUCCCUGCUGACCAAAGAUCGCAGUCAAUCAUUUGGCACAACGCAUGUAGCAAGACAUCCGUCAGACGAAUCUUUGAACACCGCUCAGCGCACUCGCUCUCUUGAGCGCAAGCGCAACAACCUCGAUCAAACAAAGCGCACUGGAACGAGCCAGCCACGAAUGGCCGUUCGCGUAAAGUCGGUUCUAAGCAAGCUGGCUGGCUGACGUCUGCAUCUCAUCAGAUGUGUUUCUGUGGCUCAGCUUAGGCCGUUGAACACGAUGUCCAGUGUCUGCAAUGCCUCUAUGCUGCUGUCUGCAAGUGUACAUGAACUGCACACUACAAACCCCUUGUGAAGCUCUUCUGCAAACAACUGCUCCACUUUUUUGGUGAAUCGUGUCACCUUCAAGACAUCUUCGAUGCAAGAGGACUACCCCAUGCUGCAAACAUCAGCAAUCAAUUCUUGGAUCAUCAAGUUCGGACAGUGGCCGAUGUAGAGAUCACUCUCCGUACUUGCACAGGCACGUGCUACGCAUGCGUUCUCUGCAUAUGCAUGCUCCACAUCAUCGCUUCCUGGUUGUGCAACUGUGCAACCGUUCCUCCGAGCUGCAAUGCGUCAACCACCACUGCCUCUGCACGUGCCACCACUGUGAUUGCUGGGAUCAACACUGUGAUUGCUGGGAUCAACACUGUGAUUGCUGGGAUCAACACUGUGAUUGCUGGGAUCAACACUUGUACCCAUUGCUUAGAUGUUGCACCCUUCGGGCACCAGGGCGCGAAGAAUACUAAGUUUUCCCAUCCAGUUAGAUUGAUAGCAUUUGUUCAAAUUCCAAAAUUGCCCGUGAUAUUUUAGCCAGUUCUUCUGGAAAUCAACCUAAUAUAUUUUUUCUCUUUCACAACUAUCUGCCCUUUUAUAGUCGAUUUUCACUCCUAUGGCAUUUUUUCUCUUCGUAAUAAUAGAUACCGGUUUUCGCACUUCACUUCCCUUGCUUUGGAGUCCCUGUCUAUUCCGGAUUCGUAGUCCCGUGCGUGUUAAUGAGCAUUGCUGAGAUUUGCCCGAUUUAGGCUGUGCCGUUCGCACCAUUUCGUUUUUACCCUUCCAAACUGACUGAUAUUGUAGUGCACAAUUUAGAAAUUCAAUCUAUUUCCUUUUUUUCAUCCUGCCUCUGCGGGGAAGAGACGCAAGUAACACGUAGUAUACUAGUAUGAUAACAUAUUAUGUAGCUCUAACUCUGACUCCUUUAUAUUUCCUCAUUUUAUCAUCAUUUGAAUGAAAUUCGAAAUAUGAAGUACAU